AUUGCAUUCAAAUAACAUACCCUACAUGAAGUGCAUAGUAAAUUAGACAUGGGGAACCGUUCAGCAUGUGCUGUGCAGGCCAGGAGAUUCCUUUAUGUUUCUGUUGCAGGAAAUGCAGUGCUUUUAAUCGUGCUAAUAAUUGUAUACUUUUAUCAAAACCAUCUUAUUCAGAGGAAUGUUGAUUUUUCACAGACACUGAAGACAACAGAAUUAGAAUUUCGCUCAAGACAUCCCAAUGUAACUGUGGUAGAUGACACAGUGUGUUUAGAAUGUAAUUAUCUGGGAAAAGACGUAAAGGUGGAAGAAACAUUGUAUACCAACAUAAGUUAUUCAGACUGCGGAACGCGGUUAUGUUGUUUACAAGACAAAAGCAUAGCUAAACUUCUGCGACAGAUAAUGACCAUUCGUGAAGCCGAUUUAGAUAACGAAAGUGAUUCACAAUCUUUGUCGUGGUGGAGACAAAGACCAAAUUCGGCACACUUGUAUCUGAAGGACUGGGAUCGGAGUCGUCUGCUCUGGACGGAAGUAAAUAGAACCGGAUCUGCUUUCUCUAAUCUCAAAAUCAAAGACAACAACAAGCUAGUCAUCAAAGAACAGGGAUUAUAUUUUGUAUAUUCCGCUUUGGUUUUUGAUUUUGGAAAGAUUAAGAAAGUUCCCCAAAUUUACUAUAACAUCACUAGUUUUUUUCCUCCUGCUCCUCACUUUUCGCCUUUUAUUGUGAUGGGUAAGUAUGGCGGAUCCAGGUUUUCCGACAGACAACACACAGGGUACCUGAGUGGAAUUGUAAAGCUUUACCCAUCUCAUCAGAUCUCAGUUUCCAUCAAUGACCACAGAUUCAUAAAUCCCACGGCGUAUGGAAACUUCUUUGGUGUAUUCAAACUUUAGAAUGUUUUUAAACAACAGCUAGAGUAUUGUUU